ACAGGAAGUAGGCAUUCCUCGGGAUAAAAGCUCACCAGGUUAAAACAUCCAAAGGACUCCAGAGAGGGGAAUUCUUAACCUAACAUCUUCAGGGUUUAAAUAUCUUGAAACUACCAGGUUUUCAUCUGUUUUAUCAGUCGACUCUGACAUAUUAUCAUCGAUCAUGGCUGCCUACAAAAUAGUGUUGAUUCGCCACGGAGAGAGCAACUGGAACCAGGAGAACCGUUUCUGCGGCUGGUUCGAUGCAGAUCUGAGCGCAACCGGGGAGAAGGAGGCGAGGAGAGGCGGACAGGCCCUGAAAGAUGCUGGCUUUGAGUUUGACAUAUGCUACACCUCUGUCCUGAAGAGGGCUAUCAGGACACUGUGGCUAGUUCUGGGCAGCAUUGACCAGAUGUGGGUGCCGGUGCAUCGGACCUGGCGGCUAAAUGAGCGCCAUUACGGAGGCCUAACAGGCCUUAAUAAGGCUGAGACAGCUGCCAAGCAUGGAGAGGCUCAGGUGAAGAUCUGGAGGCGCUCGUUUGACAUCCCCCCUCCCUCCAUGGACCCAGACCAUGACUACUACACUGUUAUCAGCAAGGAUCGUCGCUAUGCAGACUUGACUGAGGAUCAGCUUCCUUCCUGCGAGAGCCUGAAGGACACCAUUGCGCGGGCGCUGCCCUUCUGGAAUGAAGAGAUCGCCCCACAGAUCAAAAAGGGAAAGAGAGUGCUCAUCGCUGCUCAUGGAAACAGUCUGAGAGGCAUUGUUAAACAUCUAGAGGGAAUGUCUGACGAAGCCAUCAUGGAGUUGAACCUGCCAACAGGCAUCCCCAUCCUCUAUGAGCUGGACAAGAACCUUAAGCCUGUGAAGCCGAUGCAGUUCCUGGGAGACGAGGAGACUGUUCGCAAAGCCAUGGAGGCUGUGGCUGCUCAGGGAAAGGUCAAGAAGUAAAGUGACAGAAAAGCCAACUCUGUGUAUGAUGGUAUAGGUCAUCCCCAACAACUGGCCUUGGAUUAGUCCUAAAUCCUAGUUUAUUUUGGAUUGUAAAAUAUGAUGAGUAUACUAUAGAUAGUAGUCAAAGGAAACCUCACUACACACAGUGCAAUGAUAAAUUAGGGCCAAGGGAGCUAUACCUCUCAAGAGACUGUAAAUAAAAUGGCCCAUUAAUAUUGCAACAUUUUAAAGGAUUGCCUAACUGAAAAGAAUAUUAUUGUUGUUUAAAAGGCAGUUUCUUAUCUCUGCACUUGAAUAUUUAAGUGAUAGCCAAUUUACUAAUGAAAGAGUUAUUGUUUAAAAUGGAUUCUAUAUAUUUCUGUUAUUUUUUAGAAAUGUAUCAGUCUUUGGUUGUGGUGUUGGAGCCAGAAGACUGAAUGUCAGGGUAAAUGGUGAAUAAGGUAAAUACAGAAAGAAGUCAUUCUGCUGGAGUCAGCUAUGAAAAUACAGGCUACAGUAAGAGUUUUGAUGCUGCACACACAUCCAAAGUUGACAACGUGUGGAAUGAGUGGAGACAACAGGACUCCACUUAUUGUGGCCUUUGUUUGCCUUUUCUUACACUGUAUGGUUAUAUGAUCUACUGGUUUUCAAAUGGCUGUAUGAGGAAGUUCAACCAGUGUGUGUCUGAUCUUGCUGACUUCAUCAUUAACUUGCCCAGGAAACCAACGAGACUUUUACCUGAUUUAAAAUAAAAGAAAGAAGAAUGGAAUGAAAAUUAUUUAUUCGAAUGAAAGGGGACCACUGCAGAGGGCACACAACUUCUGUCACUUUUUAAAGCAUUUACUGUAUCUGAAGCAUUCCACGGAUGUGAUUUUGCAAUCUCUUGAGAGUGGGACGGGACAGUUAUGACAACUGAAACAUCUCUUUGUCUUAUUUUCUCUGUCUAUGAAUGGCAUUUGUUCAGUGUAUGAUGUUACUGUCUGUGUUGUCUCUCAAAAUUUGUAUUUUUCUCUUUGUAUUUCAUCAAGUUAAGUCCCAUUUUAAUGGUGUUUUGCAUUGCUAUCAGUAUUACACUGUAUAAUUGUCAAACCCAGUAUUUGGAUUUUAAUCCCUCAGUUUCACAGUUACUCUGUUUGACCACAUUUGGUGUGGGUUUGCCUCUUGGUGUCAUAGUAUUUAUGUGCCUCCAGCCUAUUCCUAAAUGCAUACAGAAUUUGGUGCCUAUUGUGUCUUAAAGUUUUGCCAUUCUUUUUCAAAUGUAAUUCCCUCUGUGUUGGUUAAAUGUACCCCGAAAGCUCUGAUGUAAUAAAUAUACAAUUAUGUGCAAAU